AUGUUUGCAAAGACUUUCACUCUUGCUAGCCUGGCUACCUUUGCCAGUGCUCACAUGCUCAUGAACAACCCCGUUCCUUUCGGAAAAUCCACUCUGAACAAUGCUCCCCUGGAUGCAAGUGGCUCGGAUUUCCCUUGCAAAAUGCGUGAGGGAACCUACGACCUUCAGGGAGCCAGCAAUGUCUACGCCCAGGGCAGCACUCAGCAACUCUCUUUCACUGGUCAGGCUGUCCACGGUGGUGGCUCGUGCCAGAUCUCCAUUACCACUGACGAGAACCCCGACAAGAACUCGGUUUGGAAGGUCAUCAAGUCCAUCGAGGGUGGUUGUCCUGCUAAGGGACAGGAAGGGAACAUGGGCGGUGAUCCCAAUGCUGAGGAUCCCUACAAGUAUUCAUACACCAUUCCCAAGGAACUGGCCGCUGGCAAGUACACCCUUGCCUGGACUUGGUUCAACAAGGUCGGAAACCGAGAGAUGUACAUGAACUGUGCUCCUUUGGAAGUCACUGGCUCUGGCGGCUCCAAGGACCACCUGAGCUCCCUGCCCGAUAUGUUCGUUGCCAACAUUGGCAACAACUGCGGAACUGAGCCCGACAAAGAUGUUCAGUUCCCCAGCCCCGGAGAUGAUGUUGACCGAUUCAAUGGGGCCACCGAGGCUUGGGCCAAGCCUACUGGCUCAUGCCCUGCUGGUUCUGGCUCCGGCUCUGGUGGUUCUGCCUGCCAUGUCUCAGCCUGCCAUGCCCCUACAACCACUGCUACCCCCGCUACCCCUAGCUACGGAUCCGGUGAUGGCUCUGAAUCUGGUAACGGUUCUGGCUCCGGCGAUGGUACUGAAUCUGGUGGUGACUCUGGUUCUGGUUCUCCCAGCGGUGGUUUCGCCGCAGGAACGGCCUGUACCAGCGAGGGCGAGUGGAACUGUAUCGGCGGCUCGUCUUUCCAACGCUGUGCCAGCGGUGCCUGGACUGCUACCCAGCAACUCUCUGGUGGUGUUUCUUGCACCCCUGGCCAAGCUGCUGACAUUGGCCUCACUGCUAAGAGGGGUCUGAGGGCUAUGCGCCGGGUGACUCGAUUCCGAGCUUGA